AUGGGCGAUUUGACGUAUCAGCGAGACAUUGAUGUCAAAUCCGCGUUAGUUCCGACCCCUACAGAUGUUUGGAGAUACAUGAUUGUUGUGGAUAGUAGACCGUAUGACUUAGCUCCAAUUGACAUCACCAAAUUAGCCGAUCGAACCACUUCGGAAGCCGAUCACGUGCCUUAUUAUAUCACGGCGGCGCUUACUCCCGAAGAAGUUCGAAGUAUCGACGAUUUUCGAAUUGGCGACGGAAAAGUGUAUGGCGGCUAUGUGAAUUAUCCAUUAAAAACUCGAAAGGAUCCAAGAUGGACAUUAAUUCCUCUCUCACAAAGCGAGAAUGAAAUGAUAGAACCUGGACUGAAAACGUGCGGAUUUGAUGAGAAAGGAACGUUUAAAUGUGAUAUGGGAUUGGGAGAAGUGAUGUCACAUCUUCCGAUGGGAUUCAUAUCGGCGGGAUUUGUUCUACUGAUUUUCGUCGUUUUUCUAUUGUGUCUGACUGUUUUUUGCUUCAUUCGAAAAGCAUGCGAGAAACCUCCGGGAACCAAGGAAACAACUUUAAUGUACUAUCGCAAUGAUUCUCCAAAUACUCUUUCGACUUGUCAGGAAUAUCGAAAAGUUGAAACAAGGGAAUUCAGUGCGGCUGAUAUGGAGCAACGAAUGCAUUUCCUGAAUCAAAACUAA